GAAGUGAGCUACUGCCAAGGGAUGAGCCAGAUUGCAGCCAUCCUCCUGAUGUACUUAAACGAAGAGGAUGCAUUUUGGGCACUGGCACAGCUGCUGACCAACCAGCGGCACGCCAUGCACGGUUUUUUCAUUCCUGGAUUCCCGAAGCUGCAGAGAUUUCAAGCUCACCACGAGCAGAUUUUAAGCAAACUGUUUCCCAAACUGAAGAAGCACAUGGACAAGGAGCAGAUGACUACAGGGAUUUACACGACCAAGUGGUUCCUGCAGUGUUUCAUUGACCGGACCCCCUUCACUCUCACCUUGCGGCUUUGGGAUAUCUACAUCCUGGAAGGAGAGCGGGUGCUGACAGCCAUGGCUUACACCAUCCUCAAACUGCACAAAAAGCGCUUGCUGAAGAUGACGCUGGAAGAUUUACGGGAAUUUCUACAGGAGAAAAUUGCUGCUUCACUGCAGUAUGAGGAUGAUGCCGUCAUUGAGCAACUGCAGGUGUCGAUGAACGAACUACGCAAGAUGAAAUUUGACCUCCCCCCACCAGCAAAGCCUGAGGAGUUCCCACGGAAACCCCUGGGCCUGGAGCUCUCCCUCAACCCAGUAGCCAGGAAGGGCAAUGUGGCGGCCAAUGGCCAGAAUGGCUGUGUGGGCGAGCACCCCCUGGACAAGGAGCCCCAUCCCCACAGAAGUCCGGGGGAGCCGGGAGGAAUGACAGCAAUGGAGGUAAGGACUCCCAUCCUCCAGGACAGUGAAGCAGCUGAAGCAACGGACAUCCACCUGCAUCUUCCUGGCAAGCAGCCACUGGGAGAGGAGAGUGGGGUGGACCCCACUGGGGACGGGCAGCUGCCAUCUCUUCUGAAAGCAAGCGAGACACAGGCCCAUCAUCACCUCCUGCCCACAGCCCUGCCUCCAGAGCAGCCUCUUCUCGCUCCUGGCCAUGCCACGGUGGACCACGAGUCAGUCUGCCUUCCUGCCCCAGCCGAGCACAGCUCCUUGGACUCAUCUCUCCAAAACACGCCGAGUCCUCCCAACUCGAGCACCGCUGAGCUUUCCACUAUGGACCACACGGUAUGGCAGCCAAAUCCUGCUGCCCUGCUGGCAGGAGAACAAGCAUCUUCCCUCUGCAAAGAGAAAGCACUCAAUGCACCCCCUCAUCCUCUGCUGGGUGGCUGGCAGCGGAUCUCCAGCGCAUCGCAGCAUGACAACUCCCCAAAGAGCGAGCACGAGGAGGAGAUGGCUGAGAAGCGCUGCAGAGCAGCGCUGCCGGAGAAAAUGGACUUGAAGCGCUUGGCAUCCAAAGCUGCAUCCACAGGGGAGCUCGCCAGCCUGCAGGAGAACGGGCCAGGGAGCGCCACCGGCACCAUGCACUGGCCAGGGGGUUUGGGCAUGCUGCCCACGCACGGGCUGGCAGGCGGCAGUGUGCCCAUCUUGUCUGGUGGUGAGUCAGAGGCAGCGGGGCUGGGCAAGGGCUGCCCCUUCCAGGAGGCACCAUCCCCUGCAGUGGAGGGGAACAGCCCCUACAUCGUUGUCAAAACCACCACUCCCCUCCACCUGGCCCAUGCAACAGAGCAGGACUUCUCGAACAGAAAGCAGGUGGCAUUGCCUCUGCUGGAGACUGGACAUCCCCUGCCUGCCGCCUCCAUGCCACCACCUCUUGAGCUGGACCCAGAGGAGAGCUGUACCUGGCUGUACCCGGCUCCUGCCGUGGUGGUGGAUAGCGUCCCAGAGGGGAGGUUCAACAGCUGGUCCAGGGUAGCGAGCGGGCUCGCUGCCUUUCCAUUGGCUGAACAGGAAAAGGGCUUCUGCCUUGGGAAACCUCCUGCCUUCACUAGCAAGCUGCUGGAGGUGUGGUGGUGUCUAGUCACGGUGCCCAAGCUGAAACCCACUUUCAGCAAGUUAAGUGUCAGGGUGGAAACAGCAUAG